AUGAGUACUGCCAGCGCCAGCGACAGCCCCAACAGUAAGGUCAGAUAUGCCGAACAGCUGCUCCGGAGCUCUCGAAAGGUUUCUGCAGAAGUUGGGAACCGUGAUGUUUUCUUGGUUCCUUCGAACGAGGAGUCAGUUUCUACGACACAAGCAUUCCAUAGUUACAAUGUCGGUUUACCAUCAGGGAUGCCCUCGCAUAACAAGGUAAUAAUGGUCGUUGGUGCUACAGGCGCCGGUAAGAGUACCCAAAUCAAUGCGAUGAUCAAUUACAUCCUUGGAGUGAAGUGGGAAGAUAAUUUCAGAUUCAAGCUGGUACAUGAGCCAGGGAAUGGGACACAGUCACAGGCUGACAGUCAAACACAAAAUAUAUCAUCGUACACAAUCCACAGCAAUGAUCACAUCAAUGUUCCCUACACGUUGACAAUCAUUGACACGCCAGGGUUUGGGCAUACCAAAGGUAUUAAGCGCGAUAAAGCUAUUGUUGAACAGAUCCGAGAGUUUUUCUCUCACCCUGAAAACCACGGUGUGGAUCACAUUGAUGCUGUAAGUUUCGUUGUUCAGGCGUCACAAGCACGUCUCACCCCAACACAACAAUAUAUCUUUGAUUCAAUCCUUUCCAUUUUUGGUAAGGAUAUUGAGCCAAACAUAUUGCUGCUGAUCACGUUUUCUGACGGGCAAACACCAAAGGUCCUCGAGGCAGUUAAAAAGGCAAAGCUGCCUUUCGGUAAGACGUUCAAGUUCAACAACUCGGCACUAUUGGCUAGUCGAGGAGAUGGUGGAAUCUCGUUCGAUAAAAUGUUCUGGCAAAUGGGAUAUACAAGUAUGAAAGACUUUUUCGAUGCUCUUGACCACCUACAGCCGCGAAGUCUUACUCUCACACGAGAAGUUCUAGAGGAACGAAUACGUCUGGAGAUUGCUCUUGAAGGUAUACAGCCUCAGAUUCACUUGGCUGGUGACUACAGGGGCAAUUGCAAUGUGUGUCCUGGCAAGUGUUCAUCAGGCGUCCACGUUAAAGAGCGCUUCAGAUAUCAGUGGAAAACGAUGAGAGUAAAACAGACUUAUGCUGACAUCCAGAACCGAUACUUAGACGCCCAGGGGCGAAAACAAGACCGUGAAGCUGUGAUCAAGGGUAUCGAAGCUGAUCUGGCCAAUGCAGAAGAUGCUGUGGAUGAGUUAAUCCAGGAGUCUCACCGUUGUGCCCAGCGCCUUGAACAGAUUGCCCUCAAGCCUAAUCCCUUAGGCAUAGAAGAGUACUUAGACGUGUUGAUUGAAACAGAGAAGAGUGUGGCAGCUGCGCAUGGCUGCCAAAAACUUGCGCUGCUACUUCCUUAA